AUGGCGGACACAUCCGAGAGCGCCGCGGAACAAUGCGCCAACGAAACCGUUAGUGAGUCUCCACCGUCGCCCUACGCGCGAGAAGACAUUCGCAGCUCCCAUUUCCCCCUGCAACGACGGCCCGUCGCUGUCUCUCCCCAUCCCCCUCGCGAGCGUCCCCGUUUUCCCCCAUGCGCUCCCGCCCUCUCCCCCGCGCGAUCACUCCCCUUCCCCGCCGCGGGUGGUCUCCUAUCCCGUCUACAUCUCUCCCAUUCCUCCACGCUAUCACUCCCCUACCCUGUCGCGUUCACUGCCCCCCUCUUCCCUAUCACUCCCCUUCCACGUCGCGCUCACACCAUUUCCAAUGCCUAUCACUCCCCUUCCCCAUCGAUAACUUCCCCUUUCCCCACCACAAGCACUUUCUCCCCCCUUGCUAUCACUCCCUCCCCGGCCCUUAUCACUCCCCUUCCCCAUCGUAACCAAUCCCCUUCCCCAUCAACCUCACGGCCUUCAGCUGUCGCGUUCCCUCCCAUUCCCUCUCGCUCGCUUGCACGUUCCCCCCCAUGCGCGCCCGACCCCCUACCCGCCCCUAUCACUCCCCUUCCUCGUCGCAUUCUCUCCCCUGCCCUCUCUCCGUUCGUGCCGCCCGCCCUCUGCGGAAAUCUCGCCCUCCGCAGUCCCCUUCGCAAGCACACCCCUGGUCCUUCGCUGACCAUACCUUUCCCCCUCGAAAGUGAGACCAUAAAACGCACCGAGGGCCCUCUCCUUCCCCACUGCUAUCACUCUCUACCCGCCCCUAUCACUCCCGUUCCUCAUGCCAUUCUCUCCCCUUCCAUCUCUCCGCCCGCGCUUCUACCCGUCGCCGUCCGAUCUUCUCGUCGCCCUCCCUUCGUCCAAACGUCAAUACUCUCCCCGUCGCCCGCGCUGUCCCCAUUCCCUCUUUCCCCAUGUCCCCUUCUCUGCUUCCCCCCCUCCCCUUCCCUGCUUCCCCAAGUCCCCUUCCCUGCUUCUCCCCCUCCCGUUCCCUGCUCCCUCCCAUCCCCUUCCCUGGUGCCCCCCAUCCCCUUCCCUACUUCCCCCCAUCCCAAGCCCUGCUUCCCCACAUUCGGUUUCCUGCUUCCCCCCUCCCCUUCCCUCCGUCCCCAUGUCCCCUUCUCUGCUUUCCCCCCUCCCCCGGGUUGCUUCCCCAAGUCCCCUUCUCUGCCUCCCCCCCUCCCCUUCCCUGCUUCCCCAAGUCCCCUUCCCUGCUUCCCCCCCUCCCCCGGGUUGCUUCCCCAAGUCCCCUGCGGUGCUUCCCCCCCUCCCGUUCCCUGCUCCCUCCCAUCCCCUUCCCUGCUUCCCCCCAUCCCCUUCCCUGCUUCCCCCCAUCCCCUUCCCUGCUUCCCCACAUCAGAUUCCCGUCUCGCCCCCAUCCUCUUCAAUCCUUCCCCUUAUCCCAAGCCCUGCUUCCCCCCAUUCGGUACAGAGCUACCCCCCACCCGUACCCUCCUUCCCCAUGUCCCCUUCUCUGCUUCCCCCCCUCCCCUUCUCUGCCUCCCCCCAUCCCCUUCCCUGCUUUCCCCCAUCCCGUGCCCUGCUUACCCCCAUCCCCUUCCAUGCUUCCCCCCAUCCCGUGCCCUGCUUACCCCCCUCCACUUCCCUGCUUCCCCCCAACCCCCUCCCCUGCGUCCCCCAUCCUCUUCAAUCCUUCCCCUUAUCCCAAGCCCUGCUUCCCCCCAUCCGGUUUUCUGCUUCCCCCCUCCCCUUCCCUCCUUCCCCAUGUCCCCUUCUCUGCUUCCCCCCAUCCCCUGCCCUGCUUUCCCCCAUCCCAUGCCCUGCUUCCCCCCAUCCCCUGCCCUGCUUCCCCCCAUCCCGUGCCCUGCUUCCCCCCAUCCCCUUCCCUGCUUCCCCCGAACCCCCUCCCUGCGUCCCCCAUCCUCUUCAUAUGUACUCCUUCUCCCAAUCCCUGCUUCCCCCCUUUCCGUUUUCAGCUUCCCCCCUCCCCUUCCCACCUUUCCCAUGUCCCCUUCCCUGCUUCCCCCCAUCCCGUGCCAUGCUUCCCCCAACCCCCUCCCUGCGUCCCCCAUCCUCUUCAUUCUUUCCUCUUAUCCCAAUCCCUCCUUCCCCCCGUUCGGUUUUCCUUUUCCCCCCUCCCCUUCCCUCCUUCCCCAUGUCCCCUUCUCUGCUUUCCCCCCCAUCCCUCUCCCUCCUUCCCCCCAUCCCGUGCCCUGCUUCCCCCCAUCCCCUUCCCUGCUUCCCCUUAACCCCCUCCCUGCGACCCCCAUCCUCGUCAUUCUUUCCCCUUAUCCCAAUCCCUGCUUCCCCCCAGGCGGUUUUCUGCUUCCCCCCUCCCCUUCACUCCUUCCCCAUGUCCCCUUCUCUGCUUCCCCCCCCAUCCCCCUCCCUCCUUCCCCCCAUCCCGUGCCCUGCUCCCCUCCCUCCCCUUCCCAGCUUCCCCCCAACCCCCUCCCUGCAUCCCCCCAUCCUCUUCAUUCCUUCCCCUUAUCCCAAUCCCUGCUUCCCCCCAUCCGGUUACCAAGAUCCCCCCGUCCCCACCCCUGCUUCCCCAUGUCCCCUGCCCACCUUCCGCACGUCCCCUGCCCUGUUUCCCCCCAUCCCCUGCCCUGCUUCCUCCCCUCACCUUCCCUGCUUCCCCCCCUCCCCUUCCCUGCUCACCCUCAUCCCCCUCCCUGCUUCCCCAUGUCCCCUGCCAUGCUUCCCCCCAUCCCCUGCGGCGCUACCCCCCCUCCCCUUCCUAGCUUGCCCCCAUCCCCCUCCCGGCUUCCCCCCAUCCCCUUCCCUGCUUCCCCCCAUCCCCUUCCCUGCUUCCCCCCAUCCCCUUCCCUGCUUCCCCCCAUAAGAUUCCCGCCUCGCCCCCAUCCCCCUCCCUGCUCCCCCUCAUCCCCCUCCCUGCUCCCCUGCAUCCCCCUCCCUGCUUCCCCCCAUCCCGUGCCCUGCUUCCCCCCACCCACUUCCCUGCCUCCCCCCAUCCUCUUCAUUCUUUCCCCUUAUCCGGUUUCCUGCUUCCCCCCCCCCCCCUUCCCUGCUUCUUACCUGCGUCCGCCCAUCCCCUUCCCUGCUUUCCCCCAUCCGAUUCCCGCCUCGCCCCCAACCCCCCCCCCUGCAUCCCCCCACCCCAUCCCCUUUCUUCUUUCCCCUUAUCCCAAGCCCACCUUCCCCCCAUCCGGGGUCCUGCAUCCCCCCCUCCCCUUCCCCAAUUCCCCUUCCCACAUUCCCCAUUGUUCUGGCGUAAUACACUUGCCGGAAGAUUUUAAUCCCGCGAGCCUCGCGCAUCUCCCGGCGUUCACCACGCUCGCGUUGUUCGGCGAGUCAUGGCUGAAACUCGAAGGCGACGGUUCUCACCCCUCUCCAUUCAACCAGCUGCCUUCUCUGAAAGCUGUGGAGUUCGACGCGAAUAGUCCGCGAUUCGAGUUGAUGUUUCCGGCGGGAACCUCGUGUAGCCGUCUCGAACGGCUUCUUCUUGAAGACUCUGACAAUCUGGAACGUCUACCUGUCGAUAUAGGAGAGCGGUUGCCGCGGCUUCGGUAUCUGAGCAUUCGCGGAUGCAAAAAUCUUUCCGAGCUUCCCGAGCAGUUCGCUUCCCUAAGCUGCCUGCGUGAGCUGACGAUCUCCUCGUGCAACAUGGUCAAACUGCCCGAAAACUUUGGAGAGCUGCCCGCUUUGAAAAUGCUGACGCUGAACUUCCUGUCAAUCUCGACUCUCCCAGACUCAUUCUACCAGCUUACUUCUCUGGAAACCCUAAUCCUGUCUUACUGCAAUGCACUCUUCGAGCUGCCUGCUAGGUUCGGUUUCCUCACCGCACUCAAAUCCCUCUGCAUCCUCAACACCCCGUACAUGAAACUCCCAGACGACAUCGGCGCGCUUACCAAUCUCCACACUCUCCGUCUAGCAGAGAAUUUCCCUCAGCAGCUGCUUCCAUCCUCGUUCACACAGCUCGUCUCCCUCACAAGGCUCGAUCUCAUUCAAUGUAUGGUAGCAGAACUUCCAGAAGACCUGGGGAAGCUGAGUAACCUGCGAGAGUUGACCCUCCAAUCCUGCUCCAAGAUUGAAACCCUUCCAGAUUCUCUCACUGACCUUGUCAACUUGAACGUUCUGAAAGCCGUGGACUGCGACAGCCUUGCUUCGAUCCCCACCACCUUGAGCAACCUUGCAAGACUGAAAGAACUCGCUCUAGCCAAGCUCCCCCAGGUAGCUCAAUUAUCAAAAUCCCUACCCCGCUCGCUCGAGAUUCUCUCCAUAGGAAGCUUCCAGCGGCUCAUCCCUCUCCUGGAAAUCCCUUCUCUGCCUAAGCUGAGAAUACUGAGCUUGACUAGUUUAGGGCUUAUGCGGGGGCUGGUAGCCGGCGGCAUGACGCUCUCUUGUUUGGAGGAAUUAGAGCUGAGGCUGGUUGUUGAGGCAGAGGAGCUUCCUUUGCCUCUGGAGCUUCUUUCUAACCUCCGCAGCUUGACGAUCCAUAGCACCGGCUGCAUGAAGAAGCUUCCGGAAGGGUUAGGUUCGGCGUUUCGGCAGCUGAGGCGGUUGGAGAUCCACCGGGCUGUAGAUCUAACGGACCUGACGGACAGUUUCACCGAGCUUCAACCUGACGUCCGUUGA